AUGAUCCUUGCAGCGGUGGGCGAUAUCGUACAGUUUCAGUUCAGCAGCGGCAACCACACCGUGACCGAAAGCGCCGAGAACGAGGGAUGCACGCCGCUUCAGAAAAAAGACCCCAAGGCCAUCCACAGCGGACACAUUCCCUUCGAAGCGGGCCAGACCACGGUUGGUACAUUCAACAUGCCGGUGACGAGAAAGGGGCCCAUGUUUCUUUACUGCGCGACCGGGCCCCACUGCCAGACCGGACAAGUCAUGAUGAUCAACCCUUCAACCCCGCAACAGCUGGCCCAGUACGCCAUGGUGUCGGGGCAAGCCAAGGAGAACAUUGACGGAAUUCAAUUAUCCGGUGGCACCGUCAACCAGAUCGAAAAGGCAGCCUCGUUGAUCGUCGAGAAACCUCCGGAAGAGGAUGAGAAGGGCCCCGAGAAGAGCCCCAAGAAGGGUGCCGAGAUGAGCCCCGAAGACACAACCAACGCCGGGAAGGACACCCGGAUGGUCGAGGGGGGUUAA